CGCAGUGCAAGAAUGGUGAGGACCGAGGGUCUAUUUUAGUGAGCCACUCACAUGAGCACUGGAAUCUAUAUAUCUGCCCUCUUUCUUUCCUUCUAGUCUCAGAAAAAGACGCCUGUGAGUAUUUCUCAGCUACAGUACAAGAUUAAACAAGGAGAAACUCAAGACCGCAACCAUGUCAGAAGCGCCUUCGAAACCAAAGCCAAAAAUUUCUGCAUCUCGCAGGUUGUUCUUGAAGACCAAACUGCUAAAGAAGGCCAUGACUAUGCUGGAGAAGGAAAAACAAUUUAAAAAAGAUGAACGAGAGAGGAUCCUUGCUGAGAGAGUGCCAGACCUCCAAAUGUCUGGUCUGUCUUUGCAGGAGCUGCAGAAUCUUUGCAAGAAGCUACACCAGAAAAUUGAUGUUGUUGAUGAAGAGCGGUAUGAUAUUGCUCUUAAAGUGACAAAAAAUGACAAGGAGAUACAGGACCUGUCUCAAAAGAUCUUUGAGUUGAAGGGCAAGAUGAAGAGACCCAAUCUGAGGAGGGUGCGGGUGUCUGCUGACGCCAUGCUGGGAGCUCUGCUGGGCUCUAAGGUCAAAGAAUCUGUGGACUUCAAGGCCAACCUCAAGACUGUGAAGAACGAGGAGGAAAAGAAAGAGGAAGUGACUGACUGGCGAAAGAACGUGGAUGCCAUGUCUGGUAUGGAGGGCAGAAAGAAGCUGUUUAAUGCUGGACAGUAGAUUUAAAGUGAAUAUCUUGGUGAAGAUGUUGAUUACCAAAACAGGUGCAAUUAGUGACUCUUGUUCACUUUAUGGGAGUCUAAAUGAAGACCAGUUUAACUGCAAAUUCUGGCAUACCUCAUGUUGUCAGUGCUUGUAUAAUAUAUGCAAAAAAAAAAAAUCACCAAUAUUGACAGAAAAAGCAGAUGGGCACGUGACAACAAAUCUUUCAUGUGUCCUGUUUGCCCAUAUUGCAUUAAAAAGCUUAUGCUCUUUUGUUACACUGAACUGAAGACAGUGAAUACACAUUCCAGGGGCAGCUAAUGUUGGGUCAACUGUUGUGAAGUCCUUAAUGAAUGUGCUAUUAAACUAAUGAGCAAAGCAGUGUUAUAAUCAAUCGAAUAAUAAAAUCUCUUUAACAUAAA